UUAAAUAUUUCUGCCAGAAACUAGCCUAUAUAACAUACUCUGAAGGUGGAAGAGGCAGAAAAACAACCCGAAUCCCAGCGUUUGUCCGAAAAUCGAGACUCCCAGAAAAGGUAUCUCAAGGGUUUCCGCGCAGGAUGUCGAGGGAAAUGUCACAGUCGAGAUCAAGGAGAGAUGAGGAUAUGGAGGAGAGGCAAAAGAGCAUAUUCAACCUGCAAGGACAACUGAAAAGAUUAGUGACCGACGUCCAAAUUACAGCUGAUGCGAGAGUACAAAAGACACAUCAGGACAAAGGACAAGCACUUAGAUCAGAGUUGCUAGAGAAUCAUUUAAAGUCAAGCCAGGAGCAAUUUGAGAAGAUCUCAAAGGGGUGGACAUUAGCCCAUCAGAAGGUGUUCCCUCACGACCUGCAGGAAGUGUUAGACACUCAGAGGGAGACGUAUGCUACUCUAACAGAAGCCAAGAAAAAACUCAUAAAUAACCUGCAACAGGAUCUCAAGAAGCGAGACAAGAGGUAUGUGAACAAUCUUAAGAAGAAUACAGAGGAAACGGACCAGAUGUUCGACAGGAUUCGGAACCAGAACAAAACCCUGAUAAAAGCCUACAAGGAGGAACUGGCCCAGACUGAGAAAGUUCGUCAGCAGGAAAUUGAAGUCCUGUUAACAAACGACAAUAAAUGGGAACAGGACUUGAAGGAACAUUGGGACAAAGAGUUUAAAAGGUUGAUGGAGGAAAUGGAGAUGAACGAGGAGGAAUUUCGCAACAAGGUUUUGGAGGUCAUCAACAUCAUAAAAAUCCACGAGUUCAAGAGGGAAGCGAAACGUCAGGAUUGGAUGAGAUUAGAUCAACGGGUUGAGGUCUACUGUUCGGACCUGGAUUCCCAGGCUCUUCGGGUAGAGCCAUAUCUACGAGUACAGCUGGCCACAAUAAAGACAUAUGAAAACAAGAUCCGCAGGCCGGAAAAAGAGAGCGAAAUUAAACAAAAAGAAUCCAUCAUAAGAGACAAACAGUUUACAAAGGAGAAACAUAUGCUGUCUGAGGACUACAAAAAACAUAAACAGAAAUACGAACUGAGACAGCCGCAAAUCAAGUACUUUGCAAACGUGGAUCUCAGAAACUUUGAGAAGAUAUGGCUACUAACUGAAGCAGAGGUGAAGCAACUAUUGGAGCGGGCUUUGGUUAUAGACUCACUGAUCUGCAAGCAGUAUUUGGAUGUUGCCUGGAAGCGGCCUAAUGUGCCCUCCCUGGAGCUCUUUGGUCCCACGGAGCCUCAGAAACAACUGGCCUCCAGCCUCAGUCCGCCAUUUGAAACUGAGAAGUGCUGCCCAGAGACUGACACUGACACUGAGAGUCCAUGCAGGGACAUUUUCAGCGUCAGGCCAGCAGCUCAGCAGCAGAGCAGUCCAAAGCGGGAGGAAGGGAAGUCGCCCAACGAGGCGCUGAAGAAAGUGAUGGAGUUGCUGUGCGAUAAAGCGGACUUUUUGAUGGAGGAGGAAGUCCUGAAGAUGCUGUCCUCUAUGGAGAAGGAGCAACAGACUGCUGUGAAGUUGGGUUCCCUCUUUAGUUCUCUGGGCAUUGGUGAUGAGGAUGUUCCAAAGUUGGUUGAUUUCUUGAUAAAGUAUGAGCAACAGCAAAGAGAGCAGACUGAGGAUGCUUGUCUCGAGUGUAGUGGCUUGGCAGAGGGAAUGGAAACCAGUGUUACGACUACUUCAACCCCUGACCUCGUCCAUCCUAACCACGUCCUGCCUGCUCUUAAAAGUUUCGUUGAGCAGCGCAGGAGGUCCAGGGAGAGUGCAGCGCAGCAGCUUUCCAGUUUUUUGAAUGUUGAUACUUCAGAGGAUAAAGCCUAUUGGGAAAGUCUGGGAAACAUAAUUUCUGAGGAUGAACUCAAACGGUGGGAUGCAGCAGAGAGAACACUAAAUCGGUACCACGUGAUGCUGAGAGAGAUCUCCGAUCUCACUCCUAAAAUGAACACCUGACGCAGCACAACGUGGAGCUGUAGAUGCAGCCGCAGCAGCGUCUUUCCUCAACAGUCACCAGGUCAGAUGAAUGUGAAGAUGAAGGUGGACUGGAGCUGCACACGUGGAGACUUGAGGA